AUGCUGGCGUGGAGGAUUACGGCGAGGUGCUGCGGGUGGUGGCGAAGGGGGCCUGCUUGUAGGCAGCUCCUCAAGCCCAUGCACGCCCGCCUGGUCGUGAGCAUCGUCCGCCUGGUCGGGAGUAUCGUCCGCCUGGUCGUGAGCAUCGUCAAAAAUAUUGCCCGCCUGGUCGUGAGCAUUAUCAUGGGGAAUGCUAGUAGGACCUGCAACAGGGGGACUAAUGGUGGUAUUGUGCACGUGAUCAACAGGUUCUUCAUCGGCCAUAAUUCCAAGAAAUUGGUCCGUGAAGGGCUCGUCGUGCAUGGUAUGCAUGUAAGGGAGCGUGCGAGGGCCAGGAGCUUCGGAAGACAGAGGAAGAGCUGUACCCGCUGCCUUGAGAAUAAAGGGAAAAACCCGCUCGAUGAAGUGAACAUCACGUGA